GUACGCGCUCUGUGGGCGGGGCUAAUGUAUGUACCUGCUCACGGCGCAGACGCGGCUCAGUUUUUCGCAGACAAUGACGCAGCGUUCGAGACCCGGUUAUUACCGCCAGGAAGUGAAUAAAACAAUUUGGGAAGUACCUGAAAGAUUCAAAGAUUUAAGACCUGUUGGGACGGGGGCUUAUGGUACAGUAUGCUCAGCUCAGGACCGCCGAACAGGGACAACGGUUGCUAUCAAGAAACUGCUCCGGCCUUUCCAAUCAGAACUCUUCGCCAAGAGGGCUUACCGGGAACUCCGACUUCUCAAGCACAUGAAGCACGACAAUGUUAUUGGACUGCUGAAUGUUUUCACUGCUGACCUGUCACUGGACCGAUUCCAAGAUUUUUACCUGGUUAUGCCCUUCAUGGGUACUGAUCUUGGUAAACUAAUGAAGACAGAGAAGCUUUCAGAAGACAGAAUUCAGUAUCUUGUCUACCAGAUACUAAGAGGAUUGAAAUAUAUCCAUGCUGCUGGUAUUAUCCACAGGGAUCUAAAGCCAGGCAAUCUAGCCAUCAGUGAAGACUGUGAGCUUAAGAUCCUGGAUUUUGGUUUGGCCCGUCAGACUGAUAGUGAGAUGACCGGCUAUGUGGUAACUCGCUGGUACAGAGCUCCUGAGGUCAUCCUCAACUGGAUGCACUACACACAGACUGUGGACAUCUGGUCUGUUGGCUGUAUCAUGGCAGAGAUGCUCAUUGGAAAACCACUGUUCAAAGGACAUGAUCAUCUGGAUCAACUGACUGAGAUCAUGAAAAUCACAGGAACACCUACGCAAGAGUUCAUCUCCAAACUGCAAUCCCAGGAUGCUAAAAAUUAUAUACAGAAGAUGCCCAAACUAAGGAAGAAAGAUCUUCAGAUUUUGCUGCCAGACACCAACCCUCAAGCAAUUGCUGUGCUAGAGUCCAUGCUUCUGCUGGACCCAGAAAGCAGAGUGACAGCAGCUCAAGCUAUGGCUCUGUCCUAUUUCUCUGAGUAUCGUGAGCCAGAGGAGGAGACUGAAGCUCCGCCUUACGAUCACUCACUAGACAAUGCUGAGCAGUCACUGCAGCAAUGGAAACGACUCACUUUUAGUGAGAUACUUACCUUCCAACCUCCACCUCUGGGACCAGUACAGAAAGAGACAUCGCUCUGAGGCGGAACCUUUCCACAUUUAACUCUGAAACAUCUCAAGCCAAGUGUGCUCCAUGUGAUGCAUAGUAUUGUGUAUAUAAACUGUAUACUUGGACUGUACAGCAGAUUCUGUAUUCCAGUCAGUUCUGCUGUGUGGUCAAACCAAAACAAAACGUGUUUUUAUUAGGACACUGCAUGGACACUUUUUGAUGUACUGGAUCACAAAAAGGCACAGAUGCAAUAAUUUCUAUUAGCAUGUGUUUAUGUCUAGAAUUUUAUGAUCUGUGGUACAGUGACAUUUGAGACAAUUCAUCUGUUAAAACAAUUAUUUUACAAAGUAUUAUUAAAAUUUAAUUUGCUGCAAUGAAUUGUCUGUAACCAAACAGCUUAUUCUGCAAUAAAGACAAUUUGGUUUAUGGA